CAAAAGAACGUCUUGAGUUUCAACAACGUCAACGACGGUCGACGUCAACGGAACUUAACCGUUAGAGAGACGGUGUCGGUGAUCAGCUCUGCCUCUGAAUUUUCGAAUUGUGAUUGAGAUUGUCUACGACCAACUUGGUUUAUACAAGUCAUCAUGUCUGAACGCAAAGCCGUGAUCAAGAAUGCUGAUAUGCCUGAAGACAUGCAGCAGGACGCAGUGGACUGCGCUACCCAAGCUCUCGAGAAGUUCAACAUCGAGAAGGACAUCGCAGCCUACAUCAAGAAGGAGUUCGACAAGAAAUACAACCCAACCUGGCAUUGCAUUGUGGGUCGCAACUUCGGCAGCUACGUCACGCACGAGACAAAGCAUUUCAUCUACUUUUAUCUGGGACAGGUCGCUGUGCUUCUUUUCAAAUCUGGAUGAUGGAAAUUUACAAUGAAGAGAUUUGGAUAUCUUAAAAAGUUUAAUCAUCUUUCGUGAUGACGUAAAGAAUGAAUGAAAAUAGAGUUUUAAGAAGUUACUUGUUCGAUUCGUGAGUUGAGUUUUCAUUUUAAGAUGAUAUUUUGUUUGUUUUUCGGUGUGAAAUAACUUAUGUGGAUCUCUAGAGCCGAAUAUGAUGAAGAUUUGAUAAAAACCAUUUCACUUGACCGCUCAAGAUGGAAUUGUUAGGUCUCUAUUUCAAAGUGAUGCAGUAUAUUUUGAUUAAUAAUUUGCACAUUAAUUUGUAUACGAACCAAUAUUCAGCCUAUAUCCAACUAAAUUAAGUUUCUUGUGUUUUUUACACAAAUAAAUUACGCAUGAUUCUACAUGCCACUUUUUCUUUCAUUCACAUUAUCUUAUUUCAGCCCCCCCCCCCAAUAAAAAAAAUGGCGGAUAGUUUGGUAUGCGCUCGUUAUCCCGAAGAUUCCUUAUUCCGAACAUUCCAAAUCGUCUAAAAAGAUGUUUGUUAAUCCGCAGAAGAAAACAGUUUCUUUACCCGAACAUUUUGGUUCGAAUAUUAAACCUUUGGGAUAACGAGCUGUAACAUAUUUUUUUUACUUUAAAUUGUAAAUUGUAAGUCUAUAAAGCAAAUAAAUGUUACCGGUCAACUUUCAUAUUAAUUUGAAGUCGAAAUAUCUUUCAUUGAGUGAAAAUAAUAAUAAUAAUAAAUUCGAUGGAAAUUAAAUCAGUUAUCAUUAAAUCUUCAUGCAUCUUAAAUAUGAAGUUUGGAAACAACGAAUCUAAAUUUUUCUUUAUGUUGAAAAGUUACGUUAAUAUGAUUUCGGGAAAUUCACUUUUAGAAUCUAUGUGUCGAUUACUGCUGGUUCAUAUAUUGAUAAAGUUGAUGAUCACUUUUGAAAGUUUUUGUUUCCAUCAUAUAAAAUAUAGGAAUUUUAAUAAAUCCGCAUACCACCUUUGUCAUGUUUGUGGCUGGAAAUAUUUGAAUUUUUGCAUGUUUAUUUGAUCAUUUCACACUCGUGUGACACGUUAAUAUUGGGAAGAACACCCUGAUGGUCUUAUAUAGAUCGUCGCAAUGAAAGUAAAUUGAUACCAAGAAAGGUCAAAUAUAUACUUCUAGGAGUUUUAUAAAAGCCAAAAUUUUAUUCCUACAUCCUAAGUUGAUGGCAGUGCAUGAAUACGAUUCAUUUGGAAAUCUAGAAAUCUUCGCAUGUUUAGUUGAUCAUUUCACAAACAUACAUGUACGUAUGUCCACGGAGGUUAAACCAUGAAUGAUAUGACUCGGUUUUGAGCAAGAUAAAUAAUACAUCGAUAUUCAUAAAGACCGAAUGUGGUUACUAAUACUAGCUAUGAGGUAUUAUCAGAUGAUACUAUCUGAUAGUAGCUCAAUAUUUUCCACCCACUAGUGUAUGUCUCUCAUUUAUAUUGAUUUUAUUUUAAAAAAUGAUCGCUUUUCAUAAUCAAGAAAGAGUGUCGCUAGUCCCAAUACAGAGCACGGUUUGUUAAUUAAAGGGAUCGUUUAACUUUGUGAGCAGCCGAUUUAGAAAGUUCUCAAACUAAGAUGAAACAUGUUUAGGAGUUUAUGUAUUUGUUCUAAAAAAAAAACUAUUCAAGUAAUUGUAGCGACCCUAGUCUAAAAUUUUGAAAUUGAACCUUGUAAAUGAUCGACCUUCUAAAUGCCUUUUCUAUUUUAUUUUUUUCUUUUUUUUUUUCUGUUCUGAUUUUUUUUCUGUUUUUAUGACUUGUGGCUCUUUAUGAGAAUCAGUCAUUUUGAACAGCGGGCUUGUCCCUAUAAACCGUAUACCUGAUAUGCAUUAACAAUGAAAGCUAAAAUGCAUCAUAUAUCUCACGGUAAAAAAUAUUGGGUAAAAUUUUACCAGCACGAGGGUAAUUAAGUGUCCAACCAAUUUGGGGCAACAUUUUACCCAAUUCGGGAAGCAUAUUGUCCAGUAAGGUUAAGAAUAAGCAGCAAUUACUUUAGAAUGGGCAAAAUUUUCAUCACACUGGAUAAAUAAAAAUGCCCCCCAAAAAUGCCAAUUGUUGGUUGGACACAUAAUUGCCCUCAUUGAGCAUUUUUACCCAAUAUUUUUAGAGUGAUAGAGGCGUUAAAAAAGCGAGGUCCAUGUAUUGACUGGAGAGCGUUUCGUAAAGAUGAAUUAUCGGGCGUGUUUUAUCCGUCAGUUACCAUAUAGUAGCAUUGCUUCUCGUCCAGUCUAUUGAUGAAGGGGUUCCAGGGCACCGCCUUACAAAGAGUUACGAUUGAUCCGAUCAAUCGUAACUCUAUGGAAAUCCAUCAGUGUCAUAAUUUUUUCUACAGGAAAUCUGCACAAUGUCGUUUGUAAACGAAGAGAAGCACGGCCAAUAUUCAAGAAAACAAUGAAUGCAUAAAUAUACAUACAUCAUAUUUAGAAAGUAUUUUGAACAAACAUGCAUGAUAGAUGUUGACGUUGCUGGCCGUCCAUAGUUGUGAUUGAUCGGAUCACUCGCAACUCUUUGUAAGACGGGCCCCAGAUUGCAAAGGCACACUGCAACCUCACAAUCCGACUGGUCCGCGAGUGAGUAUGACAGGGAUUAAUCACAUGGCGAUAUCAACAUUAUCAAUACCAGGGGCGAAUCCAAGAUUUCAAAAGGGGGGAGGGGUCG